AUGAAUAAGGCGUAUCUUAUAGUGCUCAGGCGCUUGACAGCCACCCGUUUUUAUUGCGGCCGCGAUCCGAUGCCGUACUGGUAUGCGCGUGUCGCCGCCUCGAAGAAAUUCUGUCGACGAGUUGUUUGCCUCACGGCGACCUUGCGCGUCGCCAUUCCGCCUGCCGCUUCGCUGCUGCACGUGAAAGUAGGUGACGCCGUACCGGAGGCACGUCGCACGCGGCUCCACACUCGCAUCGCCUUCUUCGCCCUACGUACGGCU